AUGGAACAUCCAGAUCCGAAUGUGUCUCCGGACCCUCUCGUAUGUCCUUCGAUUCAGUCCGAGCGCACAGCUCUUGGUAGUACGCCCGCCUCACCUCAUUCCCGACAUAGCCAACCCAAACCUACCCGACUCAAUGACAAAACAAAAAUUCCGGAUUCGAACGCUACAAUAGUGGAAAAGAGUGUACCAUCUCCGAAAAUACCAUUCAGUCAUACGAUUUUAGAUCCCAGCAUUUCCCAUGAGAGAAAUGCUUUUGUAAAAAUGAUUGUUAUGGGUGUCGCUGUCACAAGUAUUGCGAUAUUCGCAUUUUUAAGUAUCUAUUGGGGUUCGAUAUGGAAGUUACCACAAUAUGCGAAUAAAUUGGAGGGUAUCGUCGUUGAUUUUGAUCAGGAUGUCAUCGGACAAGCUGUGAUCACCGCCUUCAAACAAAAUACGGGCCAAUCCACUCAAUUGACUUGGACCAUUGUCGAUGCUUCUAAAUACAACACACCCGAAGGAGUGAUUGAUGCGAUCCUUGCGCAGGAAUACUGGGCGGCGAUCGUUGUCAAUCGUGGUGCGAGUGCCAAUCUACAACAGGCCGUGACCCGACAGGAUGCAAAUUAUAAUGGCUCUUUGGCAGUAAAUGUAUAUGGGUGUGGUGCUCGUGAUGACAAUGCUUACUCAGCAUUUAUUUUACCUAGUAUUGAUACGGGGAUGCGAAACGCCCAGACUGCUUUCGCUAGUUCGCACGCCCGAUCUCAAGCAGACGCAGCGGCCGUGGGUGCCUUGAUGCGCGCCGCACCGCAGACAAUCACCCGGCCUUUGAGAUAUGUCAUGAAUGAUUUAAGGCCUUUUGACGUUCCAGUUGCGCAGGCCGUUGUUUUUGUGGGGUUGAUUUACCUCUUGAUUAUAUCUUUCAUCUUGACUUUGCUCAACUUUAAUGCUCGUAUGACAUCUGGCCUGUAUUCAAAAUUGGAUUUCCGGUCUCUGAUCAUAGUCAGAGUUGCCACCUCUUUCUUCAUGUUUUUCUGGUUAUCCUGGGUCUAUGCUCUCAUCAGUCUUGCAUUCAAAGUGCCCUUUAGCAGAUAUUAUGGUAGGGGCGGGUUUUUGAUAUAUUGGGCAAUGUCUUUCUUGGGAAUGUCCGCCCUUGGACUUGCAGUGGAAGCUUUAAUUACCAUCUUGACUCCGCGGUUCAUUCCGUAUUUUUUGGUACUAUGGCUGAUUACAAACAUCUCAGUAUCAUCAUACCCAAUAGAGAUGUUACCCGGUGUGUUCCGAUAUGGUUAUGCGACCCCAUUUUACAACUUAUCACAGACGUUUAGGACAAUUAUUUUUAACACAAAAGACGAACUUGGUUUGAAUUUCGGAGUUCAGGUUGCAUGGAUAGCUCUUUCUUUAACAACUCUAAUCCUCUUUCAAUUCUACAAUCGUCGAAAAGAACAAAUCAAUAUGCGAAAAUCAAAUCCAGCAUGA